AUGGGUCUGGGAGGCACCAUCCCACCCCACAUAGGAAACCUCUCAUUUCUAUCCUACUUCAACAUUUCCAACAACACUUUCCAUGGUCAUCUUCCAGGUGAGUUGGCUCGAUUGCAUCGCCUAAAUGCAGUCGACUUUGGUGACAACAACUUCGGUGGAGGUGUUCCGUCAUGGUUUGGAAACUUACCCAAGCUUCAAUACUUGCAUCUCGAAAACAACAGUUUCACGGGUUUAGUUCCACCUUCCAUUGGCAACAUAUCAACAUUAGAGUCUCUCAAUUUAAGGUCCAAUUUUCUAGAGGGAAGAGUUCCUGAAGAGAUUGGCCAUCUUCCUAAACUGAAGACGUUACUUAUGGGAUAUAAUAAUUUGUCAGGGUCUUUACCGCCAACCUUAUUCAACAUCUCAUCACUUCAAUGGAUUGAGUUCAGAUAUAAUAUGUUGUCUGGUAGGCUUCCGGAGGAUUUGUGUGUUUUUCUUCCGAAACUUGCAUCUCUCCGUCUUUCUGAUAAUGAGUUUGAUGGCCAAAUUCCAACAACUCUGGGUGAAUGCAAAGAGCUUCAAUUCUUAUCAUUAUCUUACAAUAAAUUCACUCGUUUCAUUCCGAAGGCAAUUGGGAAUUUGACUUUGCUUCAGAUUUUAUAUCUCGGUGUAUGA